ACGGCUGACUGUAGGACAUGGAUGACGCAGCGCAGCUCGUGGAGUCCUACGACAUCCUAGGGCCUGGGCAAGAGAGCGAGGCCAUGAGGAGCCGAGCUUACCAACUCUGCAGGGAUUACCUCCUGGGGUCGUGGAAACUUAUCGAUCAAGACAGCAUGAUUCUGCGUCAGAUCAGAGGAGGUUUGUCCAACCAUCUAUACUACUGCGCCCUCCCCCACCCCCACACACCCAUCGCUGCCGAGCCAUCAGAGGUGCUGCUAAGGCUAUACGGACAGAUGCAUGGAGAGGACGCGCUGGAGAACAUGUUGGCAGAGAGCGUCAUCUUCACGCUGCUGUCCGAGCGCAGGCUCGGCCCGCGGCUCUACGGUAUCUUCCCUGGCGGACGACUGGAGCAGUACAUUCCCGCGCGAUCCCUGCUACGGGAGGAGCUGUGUGACGCGCACCUGCAGCGGCAGAUCGCAAAUAAGAUCGCUCGCGUCCACGCCCUGGACGUCCCGAUCAGCAAAGAAGCCACCUGGCUCUGGACGUCCAUCACGAAGUGGCUGAAAUCCAGCGCCGACUUUCUACGCAGCAGCUCCAUGGACAAAGAACUGGUGGACCAGCUGCGGGAGUUCGACGGCGUCGCAGAGCUGAAUUACGUCAUGGAACUGAGUGCCCAGGUCGAUUCCCCCGUCGUGUUCGCCCACAACGACCUGCAGGAGGGCAACAUCCUGCUGCAGAAGUCGAGCUCGUCGCGUCGCGUUGCUCUGAUCGACUUCGAGUACUGCGCUUACAACUACAGGGGCUUCGACCUCGCCAACCACUUCGGUGAGCGCGUCUACGGAUACAAGCUCGACCGCCCCCCAUACUUCACCGUCCACGAGAAGGACUACCCCUCCACUAACGAGCAGCUGACGUUCAUCAGGCCGUACCUCGCUGCCUACCACGCGGCCAGAGGACAACAGGUGCCGCCACCAAUACCGGAAACAGUCUCUCCAACAAGAUCGUGCGACAAUAGACUUCAAAAAUGGCUCGCAGAAGCAACUACUGAAGAAGAGAGGCUACUGAAGGAGAUUCAAGUUCUAAAACUAGCGGGACAUCUAUUCUGGCUACUCUGGAGCCUUGUUCAGGGGCACGUGUCUUCAAUCACCUUCGGGUAUUUGGAGUACGCACGGGUGCGGAUGGAGCACUACAUACGGGACAAGAUCGAGCUGGAGGAGGCAGUGGAGAAGGCCAAUCGGACGCCUUAGUUUUACCCUCACUCUAGAAAUAUUACCCUAGCUCCUUAUAUUUCCCUACCUAUUUGAAUAUUUCCCUGACACUAUUUUAAUAUCGCGCAGCCACUUUGGGAUGUUUUGUAUAACCAUAACUUAAAUGUUGUUUUUUUCUUAAAUUUUUCCAGACUAUUUCAGCAUUAACUUACAUUUGUUGUAAUAUAGCUUCAUUUAUAGAACUAUUUUGCUAAUGACCCUUGAUAUACACAGCCCAUGUAAAUAUCCCGGACCGCUUCCUAAAUAUCGCUUCCUUGACUGAUCUGACCGAGAGUAUUUAUAAGGAAUAUUAAAGCGCCUGUAUCUAAUAGCAGAUUAUAUCGUUAGAAUUAGAUGAACUGCUAUUUUUUUACGGUGUCAAGUACAUGUUGUGCAUGAACGAAGAUAUCUCGUUGUUUUAAGUGAUUAAAUAUUUGUGUAAGAUAUUAGUGGGAUAUGUUUAAUUGUUAUAAUUGUCUUUUUAUAAAUUGUCAAA